AUGAAGGAGCUUGCUUUGUCGAACACGUCGGUCUCUGGCAACAUUGGCGUCCUUACCAAGUGGCCAGAAAUCCAAUUGGUGGACCUCGCGCGCACGGAGGUUACUGGGCGGCUUACAGCUUCCUGGCGGGGCCGAUGCGCAAUGCUGGGGUCCUUGAAGCUAAGCCGCAGCAGAGUGGAGUUCUUGCCGGCUGCUGAGGAUCGGAAGGAUUUCCAGAUGAUUCACACGCAAGAAGAGAACGCCAUCUUCCCAAAGCUGAGGUUGCUGGAAAUUUCUGGAUGUCCUUUGCGGGGCAACUUCAGCGACAUGUUGCAGCCUCUCUUGGCUUCUGGGGUUCUAACCACCAUCAAGGCUGACGGCUGCGGCCUUCUUGGAAGUCUUCCCCAGCUAACUCACAUAUCCGCUGUUGUUGAUGGGACUUCUUGGGCUUCUUGGACUCCUCCUUUGGUGGAGUCCUUGGUGAGUUUGGACCUGUCGUCCAACAAAAUGUCCUUCAUCGAAGAGAUCCCACAAAGAGUGCAGGCCCUGUUGCUGGCAGACAACCCGUCAGUAGCCUUUGCCGCCGGGGUUUUUGCCAAGGCUGUCUCCGACGCCAUCUUUGUGGACUUGCAGAAAGUCACGUUGGAGAACAAAACCGAGGCAAAAGAACUCCUGGAAGGGGGUCAGCUCUCCCGUACGGCCAAGCGCUCCUCGGAGAGCAUCGAAGGUGGAUUCGCCUGCUUCGACCUCACAUCGAAGGCACUGCAGAUCACGCCAGCACGCUUUCUGCCUAUGGAGCUGUGCAGCUGUUCUCCUGGGCGGCAGGGUGCGGGAGCGGACUGCGAGAAGUGCCCAGUGAAUCACUUCAAGGAAGGAUACAACGGAACCUGCCAGAAGUGUGAGCCAGGAAGCACGGCACCGGAAGGAUCCACAUCAUGCACCUGCGCAGUUGGCGAACCCUACGAUGACCACGGCACAAACCGCUGUGGAUGCGUUGCUGGCGAGGCCUACAACAGGUCCGAAAACGGGAAGAGUGACUGCCUGCCAUGCCACAACUUGCAUUUACUUUGCCCGCAACCAGGCAUGCUGCUGUCCUCAGCCAUGCCGGAAGAGGGCCAUGCCCGCCUUCAACAGGGAGACACCGCAGCACUUCCCUGUCUUCCUCCGAAGUACACCAGGUGCAACGCGUCCACCGGCAAUGCUUCAAGCACACUGGGGUGCGCAGAUGGCUACAGCGGCCUUCUCUGCUCCGAUUGUUCCCAAGGUCACUACGCCGCCAGCAAGCUUUGCGAAGCGUGUCCAAGCACAGAUGCCAUGCCGCAGCUCUUGCACAUAGCCAUAGCAGCAGCUGUUGCUUUGACCGUAGGUUCGGUGUUGGCCUUAGUGUGGCUACGGCAGAGAACACCGGAAGCAGCAAAACUACCCCAAGCAUCUGCGCUGUCAGCGCUCAAAGAGCAGAUCAAGGGGCAGGCGCCCAUCCUCUUACAAUUGUGCCAGGUGUGGGCCGUUCUUGCCGUGCUGGCCAAAGGAGAACAGGGACAGAGCUCAACAUCCUUAUGGGAACUGCCAUACGUAGAGGUUUUGCAAUUUUCAAUUGCAAGCCUCAAGAACGGCCUGAGCUUACAAUGCCGUUUUGACGCUUUGACCGUUCGGCUCGCCUCCGCCCUGAUCGCUGCUGUCACUCCAAUUUUGCUUCUGAUUUGCUGCAUUGCUUUGGAAGUCUACAACGGAUCUGGCAUCAGUGCUGGUUUGAAGGUGCUGACGAUGUUGUACAUUGGGGGUGCGUCCGCGGCAUCAAAGCUGUUAAGCUGCCAAACAACGGACGGCGAAGGCAAUCUCCUCCCGAAGGAGCUUACUUUCCGAAAGUCGCUUCCUCACCUGCGUUGCCAUGAUGAUCCUCUUGGACCCUACGUGGAUGCGACAGGCAUGGUCGCUGCCUUUUGCUACGGAGUUGUGGUUCCGGGAUGCCUCUUAUACCUGUAUGCCAAGCAGCACUUGCUGCUUCUACCAGGCAAGGCGACUGUGGCUUGGGCAGCAGACCAUGCUGAUUUGGAAGUGUGGCUGGUGCAAACAACAAGCUCUUCACCGGAAAAGUUGACUCUCAAGAGUGCCGCGAUCACACGGCGUUUGGUGGCAGCAGCUGCGGCCUACAUCUCCGUACUAAUGCGAGGUCGUGUGAGUGUGGAAUUGAAGGAGAACACGGUGAUCGUGAAGCCCAUCGCAGGUCAUUCCUUUCGAACCAAUGAGCUUCAAAGCGCCUCUGCGAUCAGUCUGACUGCCAAAGUUCGCGAUAGCUCCUUGCAGAGCCGAGAACUUGCUGAAGCCAUGAUGGACCGGUGCCUCGUGGAGGAAAGCCAAGAGCGAGUCUUGGCAGGCUCCAGGGACAUCUUCCUCAAGUACACUCAUUGCCGAAAUGUGUACAUGGAAAUCCUGCAGAAAGGUGCCGCCAUUGCGCUGGUGUCAGUGGCAGGCAGUGAAGAUGGCUUGCAGCUGUCAGUCGCAAUCACUUUGCUGAUGGCUGCAACAAGCGGAAUGGUGCAGCCAUUUUUGCAGCCACAGAUCAACGCUCUCCAAUGCUGCUGCUUUUUGUGCUUGGCUCUGGCGUCGGUGAGCUUCAGCUUUCAAAUGGCUUGGUUGAGUCGCUUCGCCUUGGCGUUGCCUUUCCUGCUCAGCGCCUUCUUAGCCCUAAGGCCCGACAGCACGGAAAGCCUCUCGGUACGACUCUGGGAACAGCUGAAGCAGCAGAUUCCAAAGCUGGAAGAUGGCAAAGCAGUGGAGGUCGUCGCCGAGACCUUUACCUUCAUAUGA